UUGCCGCUCCGUUGUUACCGAACAGAAGUGCGGUUUAGAAAAAAAUUGUUCGUGUUUUAUGAUAAAAAACGAGUCUCUUAUCGCUUUUUUUGAAUGAAAAAGAAUAAAUUAGAUUCGGUUUUAUUUAUUGUAAUUUUACUAAUGUUACAUUAAGUGAAGUUUUAUUAAAAUAAAGUCUUUUCUUAGCUUGUCUUCCUUCAAUGGAGGAUUUUUGUUUAUAAAUAUUGAUUUAUUACAUUCCCUAUUUUAUGCAUUGUUUAGUGCCUUUUGAUAAAAAGUGAAAUGUAGGUAGUACUUAAACGAGUGCAUGAUAAUUACUGUUAUUACAACAAAAAUGCAACAGUUACCGUAUAAUCAUUAUGGAGUGUAUAGGGCACUGUGCGAUGUGAACUUCUGUGCUUGACCGUGUUUCUUGUGUUAUUGUGUCCAGUUUGUGUUUAUUUAGACAAUGGAGGGGACCACAGAGAAGGAUUGUUCUCCCUUGUGGAACUUAUAUCAACAAAUUGUUUCGGAUAUGAAGAACAGUGCGCCAAUGUGGGAGGAAUUCAUCUCGAAGGCGACCAAGCUUCAUUCCGCUCUCAAAUCAGCGCUGGUCGCGAUUGCUGCUUUUCUCGAUGCUUUCCAAAAAAUAGCCGAUGCCGCCACAAAUGCAAGGGGAGCGACGAAGGAAAUCGGCACAGCACUUACCCGAGUGUGUCUACGACACAGAGCUAUAGAAUCUAGGAUGAAAACAUUUAUUGGUACAUUAAUGGAACGUCUAAUAACGCCCCUAUCUGAGCGUGCCGACGAAUGGCGCCGUGGUUGCAACGGCGGCGGCGCCCUGAGUCGCGAACAUGCUCGCGAAUGUAAGCGUGCGCGCGCUGAACUGCGCCGGCGAGUGCACGACGCGCAACGACACGCGCGGAAGGCGAGGAGGGCGACGCCGGACGUUAAGCGCCGAGCUGAUGUGUGUCUACAGGAUGUCCAAGAGCGUAAACAGCAGUUAGAAGAAAUGGAAGAGAAAGCGGUUAAGGCCGCUCUUAUUGAAGAGAGAAGUCGCUUCUGCCACUUCGUAUCCUUACUCAACCCCGUGGUGGAGAGUGAAGUAGCAAUGCUAGCGGAGGUCGGUCAUCUACAAGAAGGGACGGAACAGCUGUCGAGACAAACGACCGAACCAAGGAGUCUGCCAGCUGCCAGUCUACAGGUGAUAUGCGACAUUAAGUCUUGCUAUAGUGGAUGGGCGGAGGGAGGAUCCGCCCCCCACUCGCCCUCAGCCUCAUCUCGCCUUGGUAGCCGGAAGUCCUCCCUGACUUCCAUCUCGUCUCUAACAAGCCAAUGUUCGGAUCAACACGGCGUGUCAGGAUCAACUGUUAGUUGUUCUACGCCCAUAUCGAGCGCUUCAUCGGGAGUCACUCCAUCGGCGCCUGCGCCUGACUCUCUCAGGGGACUAUCGCAGUCGGCACGACUAGCCAGCGUGUGCAGCUCGGACUCUGGGUUCCGUUCCCAGGACGCGCUCCAACGGCCGUCACUCUACGUUGAAAAUGGUUCGGACAAUCAGAGUGUGAGUAGCGAGUGCGUCACGCCGUCUAAAGCGGAUGAGGAUACAACCGACGACACCAAUGACAGCAUAGCUAAUGCUGCUUCGGCGACGUGGCCCGAUCUAAAAGAUACGGCCCAGUUCGAGAGAGCCGCCUCCGCAAUAAUGGGGGGUCGACCGCAUACAAUAUCAGCGGGCGCGGAGCGCGUGCACGGGCGGGCGGCGCUGAGCGCGCACACGUUCGAGCCCGCCAUCUACGCGCGCCCGCCGCUGCCCACCCGCUGCUCGUCUUUAGAGCGGCCGUCGGUACCCGCAAAGACAAACUCCAACAUCGCUCACGUUGAGUUCAAGCCAGCUAAGCCGUCUUCGUUGCCGCCGCAUCUCGCUAAAGAAAUGCCACAAGCCUUGUACGUGAAUAUGUCCGAGCUCGCGACCAUGGCCGCUUCCCGGGCGCAGCAACAGAACGCCGAAUAUCCUCAACAGGAAAAGGUUUGCUCAGAAAGCAGUGCGAGUGAAUCUUCAUUGGAAUCGUCAAGUGGAUAUGGAAGUCAAGGGGCUUUCGCGGCCGAGGAUCACGCCCACCAACAUUUGAUCCAACAUCCUGACGUCGAAUCGGAGAUCGUGACGUUGCGAAGGGACUCAGUGGCGAUAGCCAGAGAAAACUUCUCGAUAUCGCUUGGAAGUUUGGAGGAAGCGGUCCGAUCGUUGGACGAAGCUGUCGACUCGCCAACGUUUGCGACGAUCGGCAAGAAGCCGGCCGUUCCGAAGAAACGACCCGUGUCUAUGUCAGCGUCCGUGUGGUCAAGACGCGGUUCGUCGAGCUCAGUGGGCAAGCCUCCUCCGCCUGUGAGGAGAUCUUCGUCUAUAUCGAGGCCACAAAGGCCCCCGUAUCAGAGCACUGUUCAAAGCCCUCCUGUUAACACUAAUGACACGGACAACUUACCACCGCCACCAGCUUUUCUCUUACAACCCGAUGGCGACAACAGUGCAGCACAACCGACUAUAAAUGUAGCUGAAACAGUAAAGCAAUUGACCGAAUUGAAGCACAUGCCCGCGUCACCUGGACUCGUCCGGCGUACGUUACAAAAUCAAAACCAAAAUACGAAUCCGAAUCAAACUUACGGCCAAUCGCAGAGCCCGACUCAGUUGAGCACGUUUCAACAGGCGAAGAGCAAUUUCUCCUCGACUAUAAGUUUGAAUAAUUCAGGAAGCUUGAACCCGAUAUACGGUACGACUGGGAACAGGAUUAUGACGUAUGUAGAGAACUCAAUGUUCGUGAGGAAGAACAGCUUGAACAGCUCGAAUUCGGAUCUAUAUGGAGGAAAUACGGGUGGUAUUUACGGUGAAACAAAAGGAUCACCGCACGGUUCGACGCCUUCGACUCCAAGCUACGGAGAGUCCAAUACUUUCUCCAGCUUUGGUCCGAGGAUGAACAAUGAUUCACAUUAUGGACAGACGGGCGUGAAGCUGUCGGACAAGUUCGCGGCGGGCAAGUGCAUCUACGCGCAGCCGGCCACGGGCGCGGCGGGCGGCGCGCUGGCGCGGCGGCUGGCGGCGCGCUCGCACAGCGCCGAGCGCCACCUCGCCGAGCAUGGUGGCUUAAUAGCGAGUCUGAGCGCUAAGCUCGCCCCUCAGCUCUCCCCGCGGACGACGAGGCGAGGCAUCUCUACCAUUACAUCAUCCGAUUCCCCACCAAAAGGAAAAGGCAUCCCGGCAGCGGUCCAGCCGGCGUUCCUGGACAAGCUGUCGGCGACGCUGCAGCGCCGGCAGCUGCCGUCCGCGCGCGCCAGCUCCGUGCGCGACCGCAUCAACGCGCACGCGCAGCCGGACCCGAGGGUGUGUCACACUUCGCUGAUGGAGCAGAUCAAACGUGGAGCAACAUUACGAAGGAAUAAGUUCUGCAACGAUCGAUCAGCACCGAAAAUACGUUAAAGUUAACCGCACUGGAAAACAAAUCGUAUAUCAAGUAUUUAAAGUCUAUAUUCGUCUGUAAUCUCAUUAAACUGUUUAUUAGAAUUGCUUUAAUGAUAUAAAUAUCGUUGCUUAGUUAACAUAGUUCAAGUUGGAAACCGUUUGUAUGCUAUACUUCGUUGUGAUUGAUUAAUUUUCUUAUCGGCAUUUAAUAGUAUAAAAAUAAGUAUUAAAACAUUUCAUCUGAUAUAAUACUUAAUGUAUUUCAUUCGAUUGCUUGAAAUUAUUUUGUUUGUUGUAAAUUGAAAUAAGUGCCUAUCGUUUGUUUUUUUUAUUGUGUUCGAGCAAGUAUGUCCCUUUUGAAAAACCACGUGGUUUUUGCUUUAAGAUCAUAGCUUAAAAUCUGGCUACAUUAGGGUUUUUGUGUUUAAUUUCUUUAUGUAAUUCAUCGCAAGCUUCCCGAAGUAUUAAAUCAUGAGGUAAUGUAAAUGUUUUGGAUGAAAUUCGUAAAUGGUUCCAUCAUCGCGCAACACCAAACCUUUAUUAUUCACAAGAGAAAUGUUGCCAAAGUUAAUGUAAGAUUUUUGUGAACAGUCUGUAUAACGACUUGAACUCUGUUAUCCAAGCGACGAUGUUACUAUAAACAAAAUAUUGAAAUCAGUAAUCUCUCUAAGUGUGUCUUCUAUUGGAUGUAAAUUGUAUACUUAAAUUUUCUGGCCGAAUCUUAAUAAAUUUGUAAAAAUAUAUAUAUUUUAAAUUAAAAAUAUUUUUUGGGUAGCAAUAUAAAGAGACAAUAUGGGAUAAGCUUAUAACGAUGUUGCAUGUCCGAAGUCUAUGUUGCCAAUAUUGAAAAUUUAAUAAUUUUGUACUUUUUAUUACUGGCAAUAAUAAAUAUUUGAUUCUACAAUUAAAAGUUUGAGACAUUAUUAAUAGUGUAAAAGCUCUUAUACCGAAAUGCCAGCAGUUCCGUAGUUCUUUUUACUAAAAUAAGAUGAAACUGAACUAUUUAAUUUCCUUAUUUUCCUAAUUUUAAAGGACACAACUUUUAAUUGUAAAAUUAAAUAUUUUACAUUCGAAUAUCAUUGUAUAGAAGUUUACAAUAUGUGUUUAAACUUUAUAAUGAAUACACCUCGUUUACGAGAUGCGAAUUAAAACUACAACCAUACCUGCGCUUACGAGUUGAUAAUUAGUUUCAUAUUCACAAGUGUGGAUGUACCUUUAUUUCGCUUUCCAGGUGUGUUCGAACUACAAAAGUUUUUUUUUUUAAAUAAAAGACGAUAUUGUAAUCGAGAAAUCGAAACGAAACACUAAUUUUGAUAACAUUCAAAAAAUUAGUACAGUCUUACAAAUGAAAUGAUUAAUUUCAUCUCCUAAGACACCAUACACGACGUAUUGAAAGAAAUUUACGACACGCUCGGACAAUAUGUUAGAUAAAACACGAACAUAUCUACAUAUAAUAAUAUAUGACUUAUAUAAUGCAUAUCUGUAUAAAUUUAAAAAAUUUCUAUUAAACUUAUUGCAUUUUUUAAUACUGAAGAUAUUUCUUCAGGGUUGUCCAAUUGCAUUAAUGCUUUUCAAUAUAAAUUUCUUUUUGUAUUUAACUUUUUAUCGCAGGUCGAUUUAUAUGAUUAUUGUGACAGCCCUAGUCCAUCAUUUUAGAUGAUUAUUAUUUUCCAUUAUUCCGUCUCAACAAAGUUGACUGAAAUGACUCCUAUAACUGUGUUCUUCGAGCCUUUCCUUUAUAAAUAUUGAUAUUUAAGGCUUUUACAAUGAAUAUAAAUGUAUGAAAAUAAUAGAUUCCAAGUAUUUAGUUCAUUAUAUUAAUUAAAAUUAAAAAAAAAAGUAUUGCGUACAAUAUCUUGUAAGUGGUAAAAAGAAAGUGUAAUUGUUAUUCAAUCUUAAGUCCUUUUGUGUUAUUUAUGAUUUUUAUAUUAUCAUAAUUUCUACUUUAAGUUUUUAAACGUAGUUUUUUUUUUAUUCAAAUCAUUUUUAAUCUAUACCGCACUACGAUGUCGCCAUUUUGAAAUAGUUGAAUUUUUUUAUCCUAUACAUAGUGUUUAUAAGUAAAAAAUGUUUGCCAGAAUGUUUAUACAUAUAUUAUAUAAAAAUAGAUAAAACUUCAUUAAGGGGAUAGUUAGAUAAAUGUGAAACGCUGUAUUAUUUAUUAUUUUUUUACGCGAAUAGAACACUAUAAUAUUGUAUGUAUUUCUUAGACCUUCGUUCCUCAUAUUUUCUAACGUAUGGUUUUUAUUUUUUUAAUUAUUUUAUUCGUCUAUAUAGGAUUAGCAGCACAGAUAAUAAAUGGUAGUAUAUAAGUGUGUUUAUAUUAAAAAAAAAUAAUGGUAGCUUUUGACAUAUCCCAUAUACAUUAUUUAAUAUGAAAAUUGAUCGUUGGAAUUUAUACAUCUUCGCUUUGGUGGAGUUAACAAUAGUCUGCGUUUAAAUGUAUACAAUCAAAUAUAUAACAUAUAGUCCAGUAUAACAUAUAUAUAUGGUAAUGGUAGCAUUUUUCCGAGAAAGUCUGUUAUUGAAUUGUGUUUAGGUAAUGUUUGCGUAUGUAAUUGAUGAAAAUUAAACGAAUAUUGUCCCAA